AUGACGAGAUUCUCCAAAAUCGCAGCAGCAUCGGUGCUGGCCACCACAGCAUACGCCCAGUGCGGUUCGGCGCCAGACGCCACGGUGGACGGCACGGAUGGCGCCUACACAGCUAAGGUGGGCUCGUCCGAGGUGUACUCGGGCAGCGACUACUACACGGCCAUCACAGAGGCUCUCGGCGGAAUCUCGUCCGGCCAGACCGUCUCCGUGCUUUCCUCGGGCAACAUUGGGGCCAAGACCAUCAGCAUCGACAGCGGCAAGACCUUCGAGGGCUGCGGCACCAUCACCGCCUCCAUUGCCAACGGAAAGGGAGCACUGGAAUCACUGAACACGCGGGAUGUCAGCAUCCCCUACCUCAGCCUUGCCGGCGAGGUCUACUUUGGUCUGCACUUCUACGGUGUAUCCGGCUUGACCCUUGGCCAGAUUGACAUGACCAUCACUGCCGGUAUUGGUAUUCGAUUCGACCGGGACGAGGCGGCCAACACCAACGUGAAGAUGGGCACCAUCACUGUGACAGGGGCUAGCUCCCACGCCGUCGAGACCUGGAACAUCGACGGGCUGGAGAUAGGUAGUGUUAUCGCCAAGGACGUUGGCGAGUGCGGUUUGCUGCUCCAGAAGACGACAAACGCCCAAGUUGGCCUCGUACAAGGUGACAAUGCCGGAUCGGGCACAGGCUACGCAACCCUCAGAUUCGCGAACCAGAACGGCAUGCUCAGCGACGGCAACUACGAGACCAACGUGGUCAUCGACAAGGUCGUCUCGACCGGCGGCGGCCGCGGCAUCUUCUGCGUGUCCGAGUCCGGCGGCGCCGUCAUCGAGAGCGUCGACCUGUCGGGCAACGAGAAUAAUGCUAUUCUUAUCGAAAACUGCUACAACGUGGCCAUCAAGGGCGGCACCGUCCAGGGAGGCGGCGAGGUUCGUCUCUCGGCCCGGGACGAGUUCGCCAUCACGCGCGACAUCAGCCUUACCCUGGAGGUCAACGACAACACCGUCAGGGAGUCGCCCUGCUCUGAGAACCCUACCUUCAGCAUCACGGGCGAUGCAACGUUGGAUGUCUGUUGA